AUGACAGCCAAGAGGACGGCCAAGAGGACGGCCAAGAGGACGGCCAGGAGGACGGCCAAGAGGACGGCCAAGAGGACGGCCAGGAGGACAGCCAGGAGGACAGCCAGGAUGACAGCCAGGAUGACGGCCAAGAGGACGGCCAAGAGGACGGCCAAGAGGACGGCCAGGAGGACGGCCAAGAGGACAGCCAGGAGGACAGACAGCCAAGAAGACAGCCAAGAAGACAGCCAAGAAGACAACCAGGAGGACAGCCAAGAGGACAGCCAAGAGGACAGCCAAGAGGACAGCCAGGAGGACAGCCAGGAUGACAGCCAGGAUGACAGCCAAGAGGACAGCCAAGAGGACGGCCAAGAGGACGGCCAGGAGGACGGCCAAGAGGACAGCCAGGAGGACAGUAACCAAGAGGACAGUAACCAAGAGGACAGCCAAGAGGACAGCCAGGAGGACAGCCAAGAGGACAGCCAGGAUGACAGCCAAGAGGACAGCCAAGAGGACAGCCAGGAGGACAGCCAGGAGGACAGCCAGGAGGACAGCCAAGAGGACAGCCAGGAUGACAGCCAAGAGGACAGCCAAGAGGACAGCCAAGAGGACAGCCAGGAGGACAGCCAGGAGGACAGCCAGGAGGACAGCCAGGAUGACAGCCAGGAUGACGGCCAAGAGGACGGCCAAGAGGACGGCCAAGAGGACGGCCAGGAGGACGGCCAAGAGGACAGCCAGGAGGACAGCCAAGAGGACAGCCAGGAGGACAGCCAGGAUGACAGCCAGGAUGACGGCCAAGAGGACGGCCAAGAGGACGGCCAAGAGGACGGCCAAGAGGACGGCCAGGAGGACGGCCAAGAGGACAGCCAGGAGGACAGUAACCAAGAGGACAGUAACCAAGAGGCCAAGAGGACAGCCAAGAAGACAGCCAAGAAGACAGCCAAGAAGACAGCCAAGAGGACAGCCAAGAGGACAGCCAAGAGGACAGCCAAGAGGACAGCCAGGAGGACAGCCAGGAUGACAGCCAGGAUGACAGCCAAGAGGACAGCCAAGAGGACAGCCAAGAGGACGGCCAAGAGGACGGCCAGGAGGACGGCCAAGAGGACAGCCAGGAGGACAGUAACCAAGAGGACAGUAACCAAGAGGACAGCCAAGAAGACAGCCAGGAGGACAGCCAAGAGGACAGCCAAGAGGACAGCCAAGAGGACAGCCAGGAGGACAGCCAAGAGGACAGCCAGGAGGACAGCCAGGAGGACAGCCAAGAGGACAGCCAGGAGGACAGCCAGGAGGACGGCCAGGAGGACGGCCAGGAGGACGGUCAGGAGGACGGCCAAGAAGACGGCCAGGAAGACGGCCUAGAGGACAGCCAGGAGGACAGCCAAGAAGACAGCCAAGAGGACAGUAACCAAGAGGCCAAGAGGACAGCCAAGAAGACAGCCAAGAAGACAACCAGGAGGAUGGCCAAGAGGACAGCCAA